UUCACCUCGUACCACUUUAUUUACUCUUGCCAUACAUAUGUGUAUAUUUUGAUGCCUGUUCCCCGCCGCCAUACUGAAACAAUUGCAUCUGAUCGGGAAAUCCUUCUUGCCAUUGUAUUUGCAUGUCCUGUGACAUAUUACAUUCUAUCAAUCAUCUUGAAGAAUUCUCAAGUACCUCUUUUAGUUUCAAUAUUUAUCCUUUGUAAUAUGCUUAGUAGAACCAAAGUGUUCACUUCCUUGAUUGAAAAGGCUGAGCCUCACUUGACAAAAUUACUCCAAGUCACUGAUGUUCUGAACUUGUCAUCCAUGUUGAAUGAUUCAAUUCCACCACCCACUACAACUGUCAAUCGUUCUAGAUUUGAUUCAUUGCUGGAAACUUCUAAAGUUGAACUUUUAGCAGCUAUUAAAUCACUUCAAUCAUAUUCAACUAAUUCUAAAAAAAAUAAUGAAAGACAUAAGAAAUUAUUUAAAAUGAUGACUUGGAGACAACAAAAAUUAUGUGAAGAUGUUGGAUACUUGAAACGGUUAGAUAAAAUUGAUACUUCAAUAUCGAAAAAUCAAGUUCUUUUGAAAGAUAUUGCAACUCAAGCCAUGGAAACGUAUCAAUUAUCUUUCCGAGACUUUGAACUCUUGAAGUCUACCAAUAAAAAUAAUAACUCAUCCCUGAAUUACCGUGUUAUUGAAGCCCUUGGUCAUUAUAUUCGUGAUUGGUGUCCCGAAGGUGAAUCUGAACUUCAAUUCUUGGUUGAUAAUGUGGUUACCCAAUUGAACGAGUCUAUCGCCGUUGAAGAUCGUCACAAGACCAUGGUUGUGGUGCCAGGGUCUGGGUUGGGUAGAAUUGCCCAUGCUAUUGCAGAAUUGGGCUCCUCUUCUUCAAAUGAUAAGUUUGGAUCGGUACAAGCAGUGGAAUAUAGUGGGUUGAUGCAUGUAUGUAACUCAUACAUGUAUAAUAAUUCUACUGAUAAAUCAGACAAGGCUAAAUCAUAUGAAUUAUACCCCUAUAUUCAUACAUCUUCCAACAUAACUGAAGCUAAAUCUCAAUUCAGAUCAAUUAAAUUGAAUACUGGAGGACAACAACCUGAAAACCUUGUGUUAAAUCACGAUGACUUCAGAUAUUUCGAAGCGGUAGAUGCAUCCAAAUAUGAGAAUGUGGUGGUUGUAUCAGUGUUUUUCAUGGAUACUGCUGAAAAUAUUGUGGAAUAUUUUGAUGCUAUUGAAACAUUGACCAAGCCAACCAGUAAAAAUAAUAUUAAAAACGGAUAUUGGAUCAAUAUUGGUCCUUUAAAAUAUGGUAGUGCAGCUCAAGCUGAAUUAACCGCAGAUGAACUUACUAAAUUACGUAAGAGCAUGGGUUGGAGAGAUGUAAAUUGUGUAACCACCAUUGAUAAACCAAAACAAUAUGGAGAGAAUGGAUUGGUUGGUUAUAUUACUGACAAACAAAGUUUAUGGCAGGGCUAUUAUGGUUUGAAUAUUUGGAAUUCCAAGAGAAAAGAGAAUAAGAGUUGAACGUCAAGAAAAUGAUCAACCCUUUCAAUGUAUAUAGUGUGUGUGUAUAUAGAAGUAUGAACGAUAUGCUUAAUUAUUUACAAAUAUG